AUGUGGUCGAACCUUCACGGAAAACCACGGCGGACGCGGGUCAGCGCUCGACUCCUCGAAGAUCAUCCUUCUCGAUCUGGCCGAUGCAUUCUGUCCCGACGCGGUCGCGUGUUGGCGAGGGAUGCGGCAGGGAAGGAGGCGGCAGCAGCAAGGUGCAGGUGCAAGUGCAACCUUCACGCCAACAGCUGCGUGUUUGACAAAGAGAAGCUGAGCUGCGAGUGCGAGCACAACACCACCGGGCCCGACUGUGGCCGCUGUAAGAGGAACUACCAGGGCCGGGCCUGGAGCGCCGGCUCCUACCUGCCUAUCCCUAAAGGCACUGCAAAUAUAUGUGUCCCUAAUAACAUUGGUCCAGUUAUGCGGCCGAAUGUCUCGUCCCUAGGUGUCGCUAACCGAAAAGAAGAGUGUAAAUGUGAUCCCUCGGGAUCAGUCAGUGAUCGCUGUAAUGGCACGGGAUAUUGUAUAUGUAAGGAGGGCACCACGGGCUCUAAGUGUCGCCAGUGUCUGCCCGGCUAUAUGUGGGACCAUGGCUGCAAAUCUCGGGUGUGCGACAACGAGCUCAUGCGCUGCCAAAACGGCGGCGCCUGCGUCAACAACGUCCGCUGCAGCUGCCCGCCGGCCUACGCCGGCCUGCUGUGCGAGAGGCGGCGCUGCGAGACGGAGCUGGGAGGUUGCCGGGGCACCGACUCCGGCGCCGCCGGGCCUCCGCCCUGCGCCGUGGAUUCACCGCUGCUCCUCAUCCUCCUCCUGGGCUCGACGCUGCUCUGAAGAGACCUGGUGGGAAGCGAUUAACCCCCCUGCUGACACACACACACACACACACACACACACACACACACACACACACACACACACACACACACAUCCCUCCUUUGAUUAAUUAACAAUCAUGAGCUUUGUGGACCAUAGCCGCUUCUUUUCUGAGCAGCCUCGACGAACACUGACGAUGUGAAAAAGGAAUGUGCCACACGAAUGAGUGCAAAAACUUUUGAAUUGAAUAUCAAAGAAUAUAUAUAUAUAUAUGUAUAUAUGUAUGUAUAAAAAUACAACAUAUGGACCAUAUUAAAAGAGCGCAAAGGACAAUGACACGUCCCCACCUCCCUCCUCCAUCCCCUCUUAGGCCACACGGGUGCUUGAGCUCCAUCCUCUUGGAAGACGACCGUCCUCUCAUCGCCACGGCAACAACAGCUGCAGCCAAUCGGCUCUCUUUGGCAAGGCCCCCCCCCCUGUGGGACGCUCCUGUGAGUUUAAUGUCGGCCGGACUUGUUGGGGAAGACAAAUCAAAGACAUAUUUCCCUGGGCUUCUCCGGAUAUGUUCGUGAGAGAACGCGCGUUCUUUGCUGUCAGUGCAUUGUGGAUCAAAGGAAACCUGUGCGGACUUUGCGUACGCACAAACUUUCCGGCUCGCCCUCGCCCCGACCCAUCAUGCCGCCACUGACCUGUGCUUGUGUGAACGUCACUCUGUAAAAAAAGUUUUUAAAAAAUUUAAAAAAAUGAAUAUUUAUUUUAUUUUGGUCCGCCGUCAUCUUGGUUCUUUUCCAUUCUCGAGCCGCAGCGCUCGCUUUCACCCCCGCUCAAAGGACAGUCGAUUAAUGUAUUUGCCAAAAAAAAACCAACAACAACUAGUAAUGUCGUCCUUUUUUGUACCUUUGCUGAACUGUGAUGAAAAGAAGGCAACGUUGAUGUGUUCUAUACCACGUUCCGAAAUGCACACUUUUGUUUGUCCAUUCCGUUUGAGUAGGUCAUUUUCCUUUGCAUUGGCAACGUGCUGGCAUCAAAGAAUAUCAAGUCGACGUACGGUAUCGACGAAGUGUAUUUCAAUCCCACCAAAGGACAUCGUCAAUGUUACGUUCUCGCUUUGACACUUGGAAGAUUUGAGUGAAUA